AUGGAGCAGCAUUUCACCUUCACCUUCCAACCCGGAUCCUACUAUCACCACCACCCCCGCCACGACGCCGCAUCGUCGUCGGACUUCGACACGAGCGACAUGGACGACAUGACCUUCCUCGGCACCCUCUUGGAGUCCACGGAUCGUGCCUCCUGCUCUGACCCCUCUCUUUCUUCGAGCUCGUCCUCCUCCGACAUGACGGUCGUGGGCGUGGGGGCUGCCGCACCACAUGUGCCCGCCGGCAGCAGCUCGCCCAGGCGCCGCGCUCACCAAGCCCCCGCGGCGACGCCCAUUGCCAAGGACUUCAUCGGGGUGCGCACGCGCCCGUGGGGCAAGUUCGCGGCGGAGAUCCGGGACUCGACGCGGAACGGCGCCCGCGUGUGGCUCGGCACCUUCGGCAGCCCCGAGGCGGCCGCCAUGGCCUACGACCAGGCCGCCUUCUCCGCGCGCGGCGACGCCGCCGUGCUCAACUUCCCCGUCGAGCGCGUCCGGGAGUCGCUCCGCGCGCUCGCGCUCGGCGCCGUCGUGGGCUCGCCCGUGCUCGCGCUCAAGCGACGCCACCGCAUGCGCAGGCGGUCGCCCAACAAGAGGCCCGUGAAGCAGCAGCGCCGGGUUGCCGCCGUGAAGGAGGACGCGCGGCCGGCGAUGGCGGGCGUGGUGGUGCUGGAGGACCUGGGCGCCGAGUACCUGGAGGAGCUCCUCUGGGUGUCCGAGCCGCCCAUGGAUCAUUUCCAUACAACGGCGACGUCGUCGUUCUGAC